GGCCACACAGUUCAUUUCGAACCGUUGUGCGAAUUAGGUGAUUCUUAAGUGAAGUGAAACAUCUAAAGAAAACCAUGUCCUUAAAAUAUUUGUAAGGACGGAGAGCAUCACAAUUUUCGAAUUUUGAUUUUGACGUCUAUAAAAUGACUUUCAAACUGUGCAACGUGGAGCUGGUGUCAUACUUUGAAUGACAUGGUCUAGAUAAAAGCUGCAAAAGUUUCAAAAAUGUUGUGGUUUCUGUUAUUAGUGUUGAUACGAACAUGCCUAAUCGAGUCACAUCACCAUCAUGACCACCAUUUUCAUCAGGGAUAUCAAAGUCAAGACGCAACAACACCUUCAUCUCAAGGAAUUAGUUAUGGGCCUUCAAUCAUAUCCCUGACAAAGUACAAUCGGGAUGUUCAUGGCCCCACAAUUUUUAAUCCCGACACUGGUCGUACCAUAAAUCUUGAAGAUUAUCCAAAUUAUUCGGUAGUCGUGCCUUUGGCGUCAGGAAGUCCGACGGCCACAUCGAAUGAAGUCUUCAUUUCUAGGAGAUUAUCAGGUCCAGGGGAGUUUCAUGUCGUGGCACCACCAGGUCAUGGCGUCAUGGCUGUCAUACAAAGCAUGGACCUCCGAACUGCUCCCACUGGGUGCAAUGAUUUUAUUCAGUUUGGGGACGUAGACACUGGGGUCGAGACGGCCGGAACUUGUGGGAAAGUGGAUGGUCGUGACGGCAGUUUUGCACCCUCACUCAUUCAAGGGCCACGAAUAUUUCAAAGCACGUCGGGGAAAAUCAAGAUAUUGUUUUACCACGGGUACAUCUGGGGCCUCGUACGAGACUUCAACUUUGACGUGUUGGAUCCCAGUCGGAAUCCCAUGCUCAGACUAGAAAUUGCAUUCACUGCGUACAAAGAGUGUGAUGACGCCUUAAAUGUGGCAACGCAUUCUCCAUCGUAUUACCAGUACCGCUCGUGUACGAAUAUUCUGGGAAGCAAGUCGUGCAUUCCAGCUCAACUAUUUUGUGACCGAGUGAUUAAUUGUGCAUUUGAAGAAAAGUUCGGUUCAGACGAAUACAUAGCGAAUUGUUUGCCAGUUUUGCUUAAGUUGUUACUCCCACGAGCGAGACAACAAAUCUUUUCGACGACGACUUGGAGACCUACGACGCUGUCCAGUGCGACAAAUCCUGUAACUUUAACUACGACGUUGCCACCAAUCGUCACUUCCGUUUCUACAACUCCAUCCACUACCACCACGACAUCAACAACCACAACCGCACCUUCUACAACUUCCGUCACUACUACAAUAGCGACAACCACUCCCCCUUCAACCACUACCACCACAACCACAAGUACCACAACCACGCCAGAACCAGCACUUCAAAGCGGUAUCGAGCUCUCUAGUACAACAGCAAUACCAAGCAGUGUUCCAUUUACGAUACAACUUCAAAACCACCUUUUCGAUAUUUCUCCUCCCGUAAUUACCGUCACUCAUCGCACCACACCUCCAACACCUACUCCCACAACAACCACAACUUCUACAACAACUCUAGCCCCUACCCCAGCUGUAGAGUUUACAAGUACAGAGUUUCAUACUGUCAGACUACCACCUGAGUUUGAAGAAACCGUAAAUUAUCACGAUAUUUCAAUAGGAAACAAUUUGACACUUCUUAGCCAACAAACUCCUGAAGUGUUGGAACCCAACAUGACAUUUACCGGAAUCGACAACACGUUAUCCGUGGAGGAGGAUCAAGGUCAAGUUGAGCAAUUAAAUGCAGACAUUGACGUCAAUGAAGCUGAGCAUCAAAAUAAAGACACACUUCUCAUAAGUCCUGGAUUGUUUGAGGAGGAUGCUAAUGGAUCUACGACUCUGUGGAUUAUUUUCGUCAUCCUCGUUAUGCUCGCAGUCAUCUGCAUUUUACGUCUCUACUGCUGUCGCAAUCGCGUCAUUUGGAUCCCGAACCCGAAAAUGUUGCGAGCACAGAGAAAACGUAGAGAAAUGUCGAUCAACAAUCAAGCCAGAAAUUACCCCGAUGUCCAUCGUAGCAGCACUUUAAAGACAAGUAGCUUGGGAAGAUCAACUGAGACGACGCCACCCUCGUAUGACAUCCUAUUCCCUAAAAAAAGGCUACAUGACGCAGACGUCCUCCCAUAACAAGUAAAAGUGAAGUGAUUGCAAAGGUCUUAUAAAUACGUUUUGUCUUGUGAAAUAAAAAUAAAAGUAAUAAGACAUUGCCCUAAA